CCUUAGCAUAGCCUUAUCAGAAAAACAAACAUAUGCACCCCAUUUGCACACUCUAAUGAACCACUAAAGAAUGGCUUAGAAGAGGAUUCCCGCCAACUGGGGCGCUCAACGUUCACUCUUCCCGCCAUUGGGAGAAGCAAUAUAUAUAUAUAGUAGUACAGUUAAUUAUUCUUCUCACUCAUUCCACUUACUCUCUCCAUUUACAGUACCACAAAUGGCCGCUUCUUCUCGCCGCUCCAGCAAUGGCAGAUCACCGCUAGUCAAUCAGCAGAGCCAAAUCACUGCUUUCUUCUCCAAAGCCCUGUCGUCUCCUUCUCCUUCACCUCUUCUCCCCAAACAAAUUCCAGAAAAAUCUAACCCUAACCCUAAUACUAAUACUAAUCCUAAAUCUAAACCUAAUACUAGUAUCAGUCCUUGUGCUAGUCCUACAACUCCUUCUCCUCUACAAGGAAAGCGGAAGAUUACUGUGCCCAUUUCAGCCGUUGUUGACCUUAAGACAUCAUAUGGACAAGAGGUAGUGGACAAAAGAGUUAAGGUUUACUGGCCAUUGGAUAAAAUCUGGUACGAAGGCUGUGUGAAGUCUUUUGACAGUGCUUCCGGUGAACAUUUGGUUAAGUAUGAUGAUGGUGAUGAGGAAAUGAUUGAUUUAGCUGAAGAAAAGAUUGAAUGGGUCAAGGCACCUGUGAGGAAGUUGAGGCGGUUGCGGAGAUCCUCCGGGGUGGAAGAUGAAGAGAAAGAGAAAUUGGAGGAUUUAGAGAGUGUUGAGGACGAUUCAGAUGAUGAAGAUUGGGGAAAGAAUGCUGCUAAAGAAGUUUCUGGAGGUGAGGAUGUUUCCGAGGAUAUGGAUUUGGAGAUUGAGGAAGAAGACGGUGAUGAUGUAGGACCUAAAAGUCAGAAAGCGAGUGGGAGCAAAGUGGUGGCGAGGAAGCGGAAGACUGAUGAAGGCGUGAAGUUAACUCCGAGUUCGAGCAAGAAGAGUAGGACAGUUGCAGAUAAGAGGAGUGCUAAUAGAAAAAUUGACUCUGCUGUGAUUGGAGUAAAUGGAAAAGAGCCUGUUGCGACCAAUGAGGAUAGUGCCAAGGUAUCCAACAAUAACAAUGUAUUGCUGUGUGGUGCGGCAGAUAGAUUUGGACAACGUGAAACACAGAAAUUCCCAUUCCUUGGGAAAGAUAGAAAGGAUGCAAAUAGGAGGUCCCCAGGGGGCGCCAAUUAUGAUCCAAGGACUCUCUACCUACCUCCUAAUUUUUUAAAAGGUUUAACUGGUGGUCAGAGACAAUGGUGGGAGUUCAAGUCGAAGCACAUGGAUAAAGUUCUUUUUUUUAAGAUGGGAAAAUUCUAUGAGCUUUAUGAGAUGGAUGCACAUAUUGGAGCCCAGGAACUUCAUCUGCAGUAUAUGAAGGGAGAGCAACCACAUUGUGGAUUUCCAGAAAAGAACUUCUCAAUGAAUGUAGAGAAGUUGGCUCGGAAGGGUUAUAGGGUUCUUGUGGUUGAGCAAACAGAGACACCUGAACAGCUUGAGAAUCGUCGAAGAGAGAUGGGAUCUAAAGAUAAGGUUGUCAGACGUGAAAUAUGUGCAGUUGUCACUAAAGGAACAUUAACUGAGGGAGAAAUGCUUGCUGCAAACCCUGAUGCUUCAUAUUUGAUGGCAGUGACUGAAAGCUCUCAAACUGCUGGAUUCCAACAGCAGAAGCGUACUUAUGGUGUCUGUAUGCUGGAUAUAACCACAAGCAGGAUUAUUAUUGGACAGUUUGAGGAUGAUUCAGAUUGUAGUGCUUUGUGUUGUCUACUUUCUGAGUUAAGACCGGUGGAAAUAAUAAAGCCAGCUAAACUGCUUAGUCAUGAGACUGAGAGAGUGCUGCUGCGGCACACACGAAAUCCGCUGGUGAAUGAGUUGGUUCCCCUUUCUGAAUUUUGGGAUGCUGAGAGAACAAUUUGUGAGGUGAAGGGGGUAUAUAGGAACCUGAGCUCUUCACUGCUGUCAUCAUCUCUAAAUGAAAUGGUAACACAUGAAAGCACUGCCUCUGAGGAAGAUGGUGAAAGAAACUUUCUACCAAAUGUUUUAUGUGAGCUUAUAAAUCUUGGUGGGAACGGGAGUUAUGCACUCUCAGCACUUGGAGGAGCUCUAUACUACUUGAAGCAAGCUUUUCUGGAUGAAUCCCUGCUCAAAUUUGCGAAAUUUGAGCUACUUCCCCUUUCUGGGUUUUGUGAUGGUACUCAAAAAUGGCAUAUGGUUCUUGAUGCAGCUGCACUGGAGAAUCUUGAGAUAUUUGAGAACAGUCGAAAUGGAGAUUCUUCAGGGACAUUAUACGCUCAAAUCAACCACUGUAUCACAGCAUUUGGGAAAAGGAUGCUCAGAUCAUGGCUUGCAAGACCCUUAUAUCAUCCAGAAUCCAUUAGAGAACGUCAGGAUGCUGUAGCUGGAUUAAAGGGGCUCAAUCUACCUUUUGUUCUUGAGUUUAGAAAGGAGUUAUCAAGGCUUCCUGAUAUGGAACGGUUGCUUGCACGCCUCUUCGGUAGCAGUGAAGCAAAUGGAAGAAAUGCAAAUAAAGUGACUUUAUAUGAGGAUGCAGCAAAGAAACAACUGCAAGAGUUCAUAUCAGCUUUACGUGGAUGUGAAUCAAUGGUGCAUGCAUGCUCUUCACUUGGGGCGAUCUUGGGAAACACAGAGUCAAAGUUGCUACAUCAUCUAUUAACACCCGGCAAAGGUCUUCCAGAUGUAGAUUUGGUUCUCAAGCAUUUCAAAGAUGCUUUUGAUUGGAUGGAAGCAAAUAACUCAGGUCGUAUUAUACCUCAUGAAGGGGUUGAUGAGGAAUAUGAUGCCGCAUGUGAACAAGUUCAGGAGGCUGAACUUAAAUUAUCCAAGCACUUGAAGGAACAAAGGAAACUGCUUGGAGACUUAUCAAUAGAUUAUGUGACUAUAGGAAAAGAUGCAUACCUUUUGGAAGUACCAGAAAGUUUGUGCAGGAGCAUUCCAAAGGAGUAUGAAUUACAGUCAUCGAAAAAGGGUUAUUUCAGGUACUGGAAUCCAGUCUUGAAGAAAUUAAUUGGAGAGCUCUCACAAGCUGAUUCAGAGAAGGAAUCUAAGCUAAAAAGCAUUUUGCGGAGGUUGAUAGGACGGUUUUGUGAACAUCAUAAUAAGUGGAGAGAAUUAGUUAGUAUUACCGCAGAAUUGGAUGUUUUAAUCAGUUUAUCAAUUGCAAGCGAUUAUUAUGAGGGACCAUCAUGUCGUCCAAACAUCAAGUCAGUGCCAAGUCAAGAUGACGUGCCAGUUCUUCUCGCUGAAAAUUUAGGACAUCCUGUUCUUAGGAGCGAUUCUCUAGAUAAGGGGACCUUUGUUUCCAACAAUGUUUCCCUUGGGGGUCCUCCAAAUGCCAGCUUCAUCCUUUUGACUGGUCCUAACAUGGGAGGGAAAUCAACUCUUUUGCGCCAAGUCUGCAUGGCUGUAAUUUUGGCCCAGGUAGGAGCUGAUGUACCAGCGUCAUCAUUUGACAUAUCACCUGUUGAUCGUAUAUUUGUAAGAAUGGGGGCCAAAGAUCAUAUUAUGGCAGGCCAGAGUACAUUCUUGACAGAACUCUUGGAAACUGCUUCAAUGCUGUCUUUGGCAAGCCGUAAUUCACUCGUCGCGCUUGAUGAACUUGGCCGCGGUACAUCUACUUCUGAUGGACAAGCAAUAGCUGAAUCAGUUCUGGAACACUUUGUCCACAAGGUGCAAUGUCGAGGAAUGUUUUCUACCCACUAUCAUCGGUUAUCUAUUGACUAUCAGAAAGACUCCAGGGUGUCGCUUUGCCAUAUGGCAUGCCAAAUUGGGAAAGGGUCCGGAGGUCUUGAGGAAGUUACUUUUCUUUACAGGUUGACACCAGGUGCAUGCCCUAAAAGUUAUGGUGUCAAUGUUGCACGGCUUGCUGGACUCCCUGAUGAUGUGCUUCAGAGAGCUGCUGCAAAAUCUGAAGAGCUUGAGAUUUAUGGACACACUAAGCAAUCUGAAGAAAACCCUUCUGAGAUUUUGAAAGGAAAGACAGCAACACUGCUCCAAAAUUUGAUAAAUUUGGUUGUACAUAAUAAAUGCGACGACAACAAGGGUGUGGUUCUUGGUGAGUUGAAUGGACUGCAGAACAGAGCAAGAAUACUCCUUGAACAAAAUUGAAAAAGCAAUCUUAAUGUACAGUGCCAAUAUGUGCAUUCUUACUCCCUAGAGUAUUUCUAGAGGACACUGCAACUAUUUUCAGUUUGCCAAUUUUGUAUAGAAACAUGUCAGCUCUUUGAUUAAGGUUGCUAUUAGAGUUUUACAAAAGAAAUGAUGUUACUGUGCUAAGUUUUUUUCCCUUUUUCACAACAUGAUCAAAGACAGUAAAUUGGCAUGAUGGAGGGUUGUUUCUAUCCAGUAUGUAGUUUCUUAUAAUAAACUACUCAAAACAACCUAGUUUGUUGGCAGUAUCUAACUGUUUUAGAAAGUUGGCUUAUUUUCCA